AUGUGGCUUUCCUUUGCUCUUCUUCUAUCUUUUCUAGUUUUUACAGUGUCAGCAGACACUUGUCCAUAUGGAUUCACACUUUUAACCACGAACAAGUGUGUGAAACUCAUAACAGAUGGAGCUAAACAUGCCGAUGCUUCUGCCAAUUGCAGUGCUUACGGAGGUCAUUUGAUUUCUAUUCAUAGUGCAAUUGAUAACAACGCAUAUCGGAAUUUGGCAUCUAUUUCAACUACACCAUAUUGGCUAGGACUCAAAUGUUCCCUGUCUGGAAGUCCUCAAUCAUGUUUGUGGGAUGAUCAAAGUGGAAAUUCCGGUCAAUAUAAUGGAUUUGCAAAUGGAUACCCACUCGUUGAAGUUGGAAGUUGUGUUUAUUCCCCAACUCAGGGUACAUUCGCUGGAAAAUGGCUCAGUGGAGAUUGCAACACAAUGAAUCUCAACUUCAUCUGUGAAGCUUCAGCCAACACACCUGUCACCGAUACUUGCUCUUUCCAAUUCAACGGAAACUGUUAUUUCCCAACUUUGUCUUCUCUCUCUGAGCAAGAAGCUCAAUUUGCUUGUCAGCAAGAAUGUGCAAAUCUCGCUUCAAUUCACUCGUUAGAUGAGAAUACCUACAUUCAGACGCUGUUCACAACCAAUGCGCCCACCUACAUCAGAAUCGGAGCUCAAACAAACAACCAGAAUGUGAAUUCUUGGGUUGAUGGAACCACUUGGAAUUAUGCUAAUAUUGGAUACCAAAACUCUAAUCUUGGUACUUGCAUGAGUAUGUCUCUAACUAAUGACAUUGUUAGUGCUGGAAAAUGGAUCAGCAGUAAAUGUGAUACAUCUGUUCCAUUUGUCUGUAAAAGGCCAAUUGGUGUACAAUGUCAGUCAACAGCUGGACCAACCUUGACACCAGGACAGUGCAACGGCCCACAGUUCUUUGAUAAUUCCGGAACAUUUUAUUCUCCCAGCUGGCCAUACAGCUACAUUGGUCAACAAAAUCCAUGCAGUUAUGUUCUUGACACUCCAGUUGGCUCAUUCGCUCAAGUUCAAUUCCCAUCGAUGAAUCUGGAUAACCAAGCUUCGAUUGCAAUUUACAGCAGAAUUGAGGAUACAACUCCCAUUGCUGUGCUAGAAGGAAAUUCAGCUAGUAAUCAAUGGUACACAUCUACAACCAACACAAUGAAAGUGGUAUUCCGCCCAUGUGUCUCCAAUUGUCCAACCGAUGGAGGAGUCUAUAGAUGGCAAGCAAAUUUCAAACCCUCGAAUGAUGUGACUCAAGCCCCUCCAGUUACUGUCACACCAAACCCAAACAACCCAUCUGGAUGCAAUUCAACUAUUUUGGUUACCCCAGGAUACAUCACUUCACCAAAUUAUCCACAAUUGUACCCCAACUUUUUGGAGUGCCUCUACCAUUUGUCUACCAGUGGUGGAUACCGAAUCAAUCUUGAUUUUGGAGCUAUUGAUACUGAACAGUGUUGUGAUAAUAUUGUAGUUCGUGAUGGACCGCUUCUUGGAAGUCAGGUGCUCGGAAUCGUCAGUGGAAGUUGGCCAGCACACUCCAAAAUUUAUAAGUCUACGUCGAAUUCAAUGCUUGUUUCAUUCACGACAGAUGCUUCUGGACAAGGAACAGGAUUCAGUGGUACAUUCACUGCUUAUUGA